GUGAAAGACCUUUGCACUGGGCGGCCUGGAGCGGCCACCGCCACGUGGUGGAGCGCCUCCUGGCGGCCGGUGCCGUCGUGGAGGCGCAGGACAAGAAAUGUGGUUGCAGGCCGCUCCACUGGGCGGCCUUCGAGGGCCACCUGCCCGUGUGGAGAGACUCCUUGCGGCGAAGGCCGAGGUCGAAGCCAAGGACAACAGAGGCCUUGGGGAGCCCAGUUGGGUCGAAUUGGAGUGGCAGAGUGCGGUGGAAGAAGUGA